ACCGUAGGCGAGUGUGGCAAGAUGGCGGCCGUGGCGCUCGCCGGGGCCGUGAGAGCUGCGGCAGGAAUCUUACGGCCCCUGACUAUUUUGGCAUCUCCAGCCUGUCGAAGCAGCACCAGGAAUACCUGUGCUAUUUCCAUACUGUCCGCCAGGCAUUUCAGUCAUAUUCAGACACCAAUUGUUUCUUCUCCUCCCAGACCUGUCACAUCGGUCACAAACCUUACUUGUGGACUUUCUACAACCAUACUUCACAGAGUGACUCCCUUGCUUCGCAAUGUCCUGGAGCUGCCGGCCAGAACAGUCACAUACUGCAGCACACAGAAAGGCAAGAGGAAGACGGUGAAAGCCGUCAUCUACAGGUUUCUCAGGCUCCAUUCUGGCCUGUGGUUAAGGAGAAAGGCUGGUUAUAAGAAGAAGCUAUGGAAAAAGAGCACUGCAAGGAAGAAACGCUUGAGGGAAUUUGUAUUCUGCAAUAAAACCCAGAGUAAACUCUUAGAUAAAAUGACCACAUCUUUCUGGAAGAGACGAAAUUGGUAUGUGGACGAUCCCUAUCAAAAGUACCACGAUCGCACGAACCUCAGAGUGUAGGAUGGAAGUGUCCUGGCUCGUCAGUCAUUGCUUAUGUCUGAUUAUGAUGUCUCUGCAAGAACGAACAAGUAUAAAACUUAACAAGUGCUAUGUAAACAUACAACACUGGUAUGAACUUCUGAGAGUUUUAAGACAGAAUGGAUUAAAUAUUCCCAGAUUUGGUAGGAAA